ACAAAGAGAAACAGAGAGAGAGGGAGGGAAUCCCACCUACAAUUCCAAAGAUGAACGCCAUGAUUCUCUGUAUUCAAUAGCUGGGUGGGUUGAGUUCAGAGGAUCGCCAUUCCGUUAUCUCAUCCGCAUUUCAAUAUUUAUUUCCACUCUGCCAUUAAAAGGAACCAAGGGGUACGAGCCACACAUAUAAUCGGGGCCCAGCUAUGCAUGGAUGUUGAGGUACUGAGAAGUGAGCGAAUUACAGAGGUGGGUUUGUUGAUAAUAGAGGUUUUGCGAAAUGGGUAUGUCGCAAACUGAUCAAAGAAUGGAGGGUUGGCUUUAUCUUGUUCGUUCUAAUCGGAUUGGGCUACAGUACUCGCGCAAACGCUACUUUGUUCUUGAAGGUCACCUUCUCAAAAGCUUCAAAUCAGUUCCUGUUUCUAACAAUGAGGAUCCUGUAAGAAGCGCUAUCAUAGACUCUUGCAUUCGAGUUACAGACAAUGGACGUGAGAGCAUUCAAAGAAAAGUAUUCUUCAUAUUCACACUGUAUAAUACAUCAAAUCACAAUGAUCAACUUAAGUUGGGAGCAAGCAGUCCAGAAGAAGCAGCAAGAUGGAUUCAUUCCUUUCAGGAAUUGGCUUUAAAGGGUGGUCCAGAUCUUGGGGAUAAUUUUGUGGAUUGUUCCAAUAACAUAUGGCAGUCCUUUAGUAUUCAUGCACGCAGAUUAGGUGGAUCUAGUAGGAGAAGUCGAAUCAAUUCUGUAGACUGGAGUCUUUGUUCUUCUACACAAACAGAUGCUGUGACAUCUGAUGUAAUUGCUCCUUCACCUUGGACAAUCUUUGGUUGUCAGAAUGGUCUACGACUAUUUAAAGAAGCCAAAGACAGGGAUUCUCAUGGGAAGUGGGACGAUCAUCCUGCGAUCAUGGCUGUGGGUGUGGUUGAUGGAACUUCCGAAGCCAUUUUCCAGACACUUAUGUCCCUUGGUCCCUCGAGAUCAGAAUGGGACUUUUGUUUCUAUAAGGGCAAUGUGGUCGAACACCUUGAUGGUCAUACUGAUAUCAUUCACAAGCAGUUAUAUAGCGAUUGGUUACCAUGGGGAAUGAAGCGGAGAGAUCUCUUGUUGCGGCGUUAUUGGAGAAGAGAAGAUGACGGGACAUAUGUUAUUUUGUACCAUUCUGUGUUUCAUAAGAAGUGUCCACCUCAGAAAGGCUACGUCCGUGCCUGCCUUAAAAGUGGAGGAUAUGUUAUAUCACCUGUGAACCAAGGGAAACAAUCAGUUGUGAAGCACAUGCUUGCGAUUGAUUGGAAAUUCUGGAAAUCUUAUCUGCAAACUUCUUCAGCUCGAUCUAUGACCAUCAAAAUGCUAGGGAGAGUUGCUGCACUACGAGAAUUGUUCAGAGCAAAACUAGGAAAUUAUUCUUCCUCAGAAUUUUCAUCAGGAGAACUAAGGAGAAAUUUUAGGUUGCAUCAGAAUGAAGGGGAUGGUGAGGCUGAUGUUCCAACACCAACUGGGAAUGAGAGGACUAAGGAAAAUAUAGCUGAAGAAGUGGAAAAAUCACCUUCUGAACAUGCUAGCCUUAUAAGUCUGAAUGAUGCUUCCGAUGAAUUCUUUGAUGUUCCAGAACCACCAUACAGCGAUCAAUCAGAAACGGACUGGACUCCUGAUUUUGGCUCUGAAAUGUACUCCCAGGACAUGCAUCAUCCAAAGUUAUCAACGGCUGCCAGUUUUGUGAAAAGAUUGCAUGAUCUUGCAGUUCAGAAGAGGGGCUAUGUGGACCUCCAAGAGAUGGCGAGGGAAGACAAUAUGUCAUGCUACUACGGUUCCACUCUUCCAAAAGAUUCAACUUGUAAUUUGGCUUGCAGUUGGACUGCAUCAGAUCCUUCUACUUUUCUAAUUCGGGGAAAAAAUUAUCUGGAAGACAAUAAGAAGGUUAAGGCAAAGGGCACGUUGAUGCAAAUGGUGGCCGCGGAUUGGCUAAGAUCUGACAAGCGUGAAGAUGAUCUUGGAGGCCGUCCAGGAAGCAUUGUUCAGAAAUAUGCAGCGCAGGGUGGGCAAGAAUUCUUCUUCAUUGUGAACAUUCAGGUCCCAGGUUCAACCACAUAUAGCCUAGCGCUAUACUAUAUGAUGAAUUCUCCAGUUGAAGAUGCACCGUUGUUAGAGAGUUUUAUCAAGGGGGAUGAUGCAUAUAGAAAUUCAAGGUUUAAGCUCAUACCAUACAUAUCUAAGGGUUCAUGGAUUGUUAAGCAGAGUGUGGGAAAGAAAGCAUGCCUCAUUGGUCAAGCACUUGAAAUUAAUUAUUUCCAUGGGAAGAACUACUUGGAGCUUGGUGUUGACAUUGGGUCGUCCACUGUUGCAAGGGGCGUGGUUAGUCUUGUCCUUGGGUACCUAAACAAUCUGGUCAUUGAGAUGGCAUUUUUGAUACAGGCAAAUACGCCAGAAGAACUGCCGGAGUAUCUUCUCGGAACCUGCCGCCUUAAUCAUCUUGAUGCCUCUAAGUCGGUUUUAGCGAAACCAUCAUGAUUAUUAUUGUAUCCCAAUUCAUUCUCAAGUUCAACGACAAGAUAUAGCUUGACAUGGAAGGUGGCCAUGUUGUUGAAUCGAACAUAUAUAAAACAUAACAUUGGAAAUCAGGGCAGCUAGAGAUACAAGUAGAAGUCAUUCUUUUAUUCAAUCAAAAUUUGACAUUGGGAACAAGGCAUGAUGACUCUGUAGAUAUCAUUAGGAUUGAUUUUCCACCUUUGUAAAGAUGGCUUUUUUCUUUUUCUCAUUCAUUAGUGCUCAUUAAUUCUUCGAUUCAGUUUCGUUUGUUUUCA